GUCGCUCUUGGCAGAAGACUUAUGAACUACUUAUAAGCCUUGGGUGGUUGAGAUGGAGCACAUGGAGAUUAUCAGACCGGUAUUGCACAUACGCUCGGAGCUGCAGUCCACGGUGAAAGAUGCUCGGUCUAGAUAUGCGCCUCUACAGCAGGCUAUUGCUCAUCACUGCAGUUACAGCACAGGCAAAGUAUAUUGUGCCUGGAGCAAGAUGGCGGGAUACGGAAAAUAACCUGGUCAAUGCCCACGCGGGUAACGUCGUCUUGGAGAACGGCACAUUCUGGCUGUUCGGCGAGUACAAGAUCGAGGGGCAAGAAGAGGGUGGCGGUGUUUCGGUUUACAGCUCUGAAGAUUUGGCUACUUGGACUUCUCAUGGCCUGGCGUUAGAACCUAUCUCCUGGCACCCCUUUAUCUCACCUCAGAACAUUAUCCAGCGGCCCAAGGUUGUGUACAGCGAGUCGACAAACCAGUAUCAUAUGUGGUGGCACGCCGACAAUGCUACGUACGGGCGUCUACUGCAAGGACUCGCAGUCUCGGAUACAAUCGGUGGACCCUACAGUUUCGUCAGUGCUCAAGCUCCUUUGGGUAAUUGGUCGCAGGACUUCGGGAUGUUUACCGACUACAAAGAUGGAAAAACAUAUGCGUUAUACUCGAACGGUGACAGUUCAGAGGGCCGAGACGUGUAUCUGGCUUCGUACAAUAAGGAAAUCACGACGCUUGAAGAAGUGGUUUACCGCUUUGAUAAGUUCGAUCUCGAAGCUCCUUCUAUCGUACAGACUGAGCAUUCUUAUUACGCCUUAUUGAGUCAUAAAACGGGAUAUAGACCCAAUAACGUCGUUGCCUUUCGAGCGGACAGCUUGAGUGGCCCCUGGUCCCAGCCCUGGAUUGUCGCACCGCUUAACACGCGUACUUUUAACUCACAGUCCGGCUUUACGUUGAGAAUAGCAGGAACCGAGAAGACGACAUAUUUAUACUUGGGCGACCAGUGGGAUUCUAAUUCGCUUUGGGAAUCUCGCUAUAUAUGGCUACCCAUAAACAUCGACGAUGACAAGAAAACCCUUCAGUUGGAAUGGCACGAUGUCUAUGAUCUAGAUGUGAAAACCGGAAACUGGCAGCCAGUGGAUGGGAUCGUAUACUCUGCCAAAGACGCGACAACAAGCGGAAACGCUUUCAAGCAAGAAGCUAACUUUGCCACGGAUGGAGUUAUCUUGACCGGGAUCGAGGGCAACGACAGCACAGUCACCUUCCAGGGCAUAGAGGGAACAGGAAAACCUCAAUGGGUUUCAUUCUACUACCAGAACACCGACGAUAUGGGCUUCGGGGAUCAACCCGGCGGCUCGCCAGAUCGAAUUGGUGGCAAAUGGCAGCUCCGCCGCAUUUCUAGCGUUGUCGUGAACGGGAAUACCGAGAACGUCGAGACACUGUACCAGAGGGAUACCCACAAGGGAAUCAUACUGUCGACGCCACUCCAACUAACUCUAGAGGAAGGAUCGAAUAACACUAUCACAGUGGGAGGCCUAUAUAACGGGGUUGAAUACAAGGGUGCCGAUCUUGAUAAGAUCAUCGUCUAUCCUCCAGAGAGUUAGGAUCUUGACCUUGAAAAUAUGCUGGAUAUGCCAGACGCCGGGCAAGUCUAUUUGUUAUUAUAUUAAAACUAAUAGUAUUAAAUCUGACUAUUACUUGUAGAUAUACCUAAGUGUUAUAUAUACCUUAGGUACACUUAUAGUAGAGAAGUAUGGCUUUUUAGGGCACCUGGAGGCCGUCUACUCUAUAUCUCCAUCCCAAUUCCGUAAAAUGUUCUCAACGCGUAAAUUUCCUAACUCGUCUCCGUAGUCGCCAUGUAGCUCAUAUUACGCGUUCCAGGUAUAUGUGUUGGUUAAAUAUAUAAUCAUGGGAUUAUACGUUGCCGCACAGGGGGUUCGUACACCAAUUAGGUCGAUGUAACCGUGACGGCCGGCCUGAUAACACCUUUCUCUAGGUCCUCAGGAUUUUCACCAACCUCUUUCAUUAAAGCUGGCGAGUCAUUAUUAUCCUCAGCUUCAAAUGUCUCUCUAUGCUUCUUUGCCCUUGCGACCCGGCGUUCGUUUUUCUCCUGAUCCUCACGCAUCUGUCG